AUGGAUGAAGUGACGAGUCUACUGAGAUAUCUUCUCACAACCAAACAUUCCAUUGAUACACUAGAUUCAAUUGUUAAUCAAUUAAAAAUUUCGAAAGAACGUAUUCUACAAUUGAUUAAUGAACAAUCUUAUAGUGAAUACUUUCAAUUAUUACGCCCUUUACUUCAUCAUAAUCAAAUGACAGACAAAAUCGCUUUGACACUAGACCUUUUCUGUUGUACACACUAUGCUCAGCAAUGUAAAAAGCAAUCCUGUCCGUUUUUACAUUUGUGUCCUUAUAAUAUACGGCCAAUGUAUGCAAAAUGUACGAAUAAAACUUGUCCAUACGAUCAUGAUAUCUUGAAAAGUGUUCACAAUCAGAGAAUUUUGGAUGCACGAGGUUUAUCUUCAAUUCCGGCAGUCAUUUUACACGAAUUAGUUCGAGCGAGUGCUGACCCAAUGCGAUCGUUUUGGGUGUGUACUGACCAUGCGAAGAAAGGCGGUUGCCCGAAAAAGCAGUAUUGCGAUAAAUUACAUUACUGUUAUUAUGCCCUAGUAGACUCUUGUACGAAACCUCACUGCCAACAUGCGAUCAAUGAUGCUUGUCUCAGGUAUUUUCGACAAAAAGAAAUCAAUGAGCAAAGUCAUGAUGACAUUCUCGAAGCAUUUAAGAAAGUUCUUCGACAACGUAAACCUGACUUAAUCGAUACAAACAAUGUACAAUCAGCGACAGCAAGUCCAAAGAUCUCAAAUUCAACUCAUAAUCAACGGAAAUCUGCAAAUAAUCAACCAUCACGUGCUUCGCCUUCUUCACGAAGAUCUACGCCUAUUGCGUCUGCAUCAGCUUUAUCAACCUACGAUGAUAUUCUAUCCUCGAAACCUGACACUUCACCGCCUUUACCUGAUCAUGAACAAGAUAUUAUCCUGUUAGAUUCUUAUAAUAAAGAUGAUUAUUCACAAACCGAACGUUACCUUUCAAAUGAAAUCGGAUGUCCAGUUAAAAUCUUAGCAUCGAAAAACAUUUUCUCAGAAAAGAAAGAAAAACAAAGUUCAACAAUUCGUACAAAACCGGUCUACUACUAUUGUCCACUCCGAAGUCCAUCUGAUAUUUUCCAACUACUUCGUUGGCAAAACGAAGACAAGAAACUAAUUAAACCAUUGACUGUCUACGCUAGAGUCAACGACGCACAUAACAUGGCAACACAACACUUUCAAACGAAUCAACUUUGUAUUUUCCGUGUGCAUCUUCUCGGAUCUGGUGUUAAUAAUGGAACUUUGUUACCAGACAAUCGACUACAAUUAGAUGACCCGUUAACCAUGUGUUUUGAUCGUAUGUGGAUUUACGUUUACAAUUUAUAA